AUGCCUCUCCCCUCCAUCGCCGUGGCCGGCCUGGCCUGCGAGACCUCCAUGUUCAGCCCCGCCCGCACGCUGGCCCCGGCCUUUCACCCGCGCCGCGACCGCGAGAUCCUGCGCGAGUAUGCCUUCCUGCAGCCCGGGUCCCCCCUGGGCGAUGCCGCCGACUGGCACGGUGCCCUGAUCGGCCACGCCCUGCCCGGGGGAGUCGUCGUGCGCGAGGCCUUCGAGCAGCUGGCCGACGAGAUCCUCACGCGCCUGACCGCCAUCAUGGCCGCGACCGCCGCCCCCCUGGACGGCCUCUGGUUCGACAUCCACGGGGCGAUGUGCGUGGAGGGGCUGGACGACGCCGAGGCCGAGCUGCUGCGACGGAUCCGGACGGUGAUCGGGGGCGACGUGCUGGUGUCGGCGUCGAUGGAUCUGCACGGCAACGUCUCGCGCGAACUGGCCCAUCAGUGCGACCUGCUGACGGCCUUCCGCACGGCGCCCCACGAGGACGAGGACGAGACCAAGCAGCGCGCCUGUCGCAACCUGCUGGCCCUGCUGCAGGCUGGUGACGGUGGGGGCCGUCGUGACCCUCGCAUCCGCCCCUGCAAGGCCUGGAUCCCCCUCCCCAUCCUCCUGCCGGGCGAGCAGACCUCCACGCGCGUCGAGCCCGCCCGCAGCCUGUACGCCCUGGUGCCGGCCGUGGCCGCGACCGAGGGCGUCAUCGACGCGGCCGUGUGGGUGGGAUACGCCUGGGCCGACGAGCCCCGGAAUCGCGCCGCCGUCGUGGUGACCGGCUGGCGCCAGGAGGCCGUCGCGGCGGGCGCCCAGCGACUGGCGCAGCGGUUCUGGGCGGCCCACGCCCAGUUCCGCUUCGUCGGGCCCACGGGCUCCCUGGGCGAGUGUCUGGAUGUCGCCUGGGCCGCGCACGCCGCCCGGCCGUUCUUCAUCUCCGACUCCGGCGACAAUCCCACCGCCGGGGGUGCCGGCGAUGUGCCCUGGGGGCUGGCCCAGCUGCUCGCCCGCCCGGAGGGCCAGCGCCCCCAGGGCCCCCCCGUGCUGUACGCCAGCCUCCCCGGCCCCGAGGCGGUGCGGACGAUGCUGGCCGCCGGCGUGGGGGCCACCGUCACCGUCACCGCGGGCGCCGCCGUCGACCACCGCCACGGCGGGCCGCUCACCAUGACGGGCCGCGUGCAUGCCCUGCGCCAGGGCGACCCCGAUGCCGUCGUCGAGGCGGUGCUGCAGGUCGGCUCCGUGUUCGCCAUCCUGACGCAGCGGCGCAAGCCCUACCACCACGAGCACGACUUCACCGACCUCCAGCUGCAGCCCCGGACAGCCGCCGUCGUCGUCGUCAAGAUCGGCUACCUCGAGCCGGAGCUCUUCGCCCUGGCGGCCGACUGGCGACUGGCCCUGACCCCCGGCGGCGUGGACCAGGACCUGCCGCGGCUGGGGCACCGUCGCAUCCGCCGUCCCAUGUGGCCGUUCGACCAGUCGUUCCCGGAGGCCCCCAACCUGCAGGCGCGGAUGAUCCCACUUUCCUGCGACCCACUGACCGGCCCGGAUGAAUAG